CUGACAACCUUAUAUGGUGGUAAUUCAUCAACUAAUUCACAAUUCCAAGUUUACCUAGCUCGCCUUUGAUGUCAUCGAUCGACAAAAGAGACUCUUUUUUCACCAAGAAGAAGCAAACAACAACCACCGCCACCUCUUCUUUUUUUAUAUUUAGUUUCUUUGUGUCACAAGUACAGCUUUGGGCUUAUUAUAUAAGAGCCUGGACACGUUCUUGGUUGUUUGAUUACGCAGAAAUGGGGAGUCCUGCUGCAAAGAAAGUCCUGCUCACCUGCAAUGGGGAUGAAAUUUCAUCCAACAUAGCCUUACAAUUGGCCCAACGCGGUUGCAGGUUGGUUUUGAUGGGCAAAGAGAGCUCUUUGAGGAGUGUUGCAGAGAAAAUAAGGGGAUCACUGGAAGGUGUGGUGUCUGUAGAGGUGGUUGGUGUGGGCAUGGAGGAGGAGAGAGAAGGAGUUUUUGAUGAGGCUGUGGAUAAGGCUUGUGAAAUCUUGGGUAAUUUGGAUGCCUUUGUGCAUUGCUAUGCCUAUGAAGGAGAGAUGCAAGAGCAUUUGCAAUUAUCUGAAGAUGAGUUUAAGAAAAUAAUGAAGAUAAAUUUCAUGUCUGCUUGGUUUCUGGUAAAGGCCGUUGGCAGAAGAAUGCGAGAUCAUAAGUCAGGAGGUUCCAUCAUAUUGUUGACCUCGAUUGUUGGAGCUGAAAGAGGGCUUUAUACAGGAGCUGCCGCCUAUGGUGCAUGUUCAGCAGCACUGCAGCAGUUAGUAAGGUCAUCGGCAUUGGAGAUUGGAAAAUACAAGAUCAGGGUCAAUGCAAUUGCACGUGGUUUGCAUGUGGAAGAUGAAUUUCCCAUGUCUGUGGGAAUAGAUAGAGCAAAGAAGCUGGUGAAGGAUGCAGUUCCACUGGAAAGAUGGCUUGAUGUUACAAAUGAUGUCGCUUCAACUGUCAUAUAUUUAGUCAGUGAUGGUUCAAGGUACAUGACUGGCACAACUAUAUUUGUCGAUGGGGCACAGUCUCUCAUGAGGCCUCGGAUGCGUUCUUAUAUGUGAUUCUUGCCCCCGUUAUAUCCUCCUAGCCAUUACUAGCUCAUUAGGUUUGUUGAUAGGUUAACUCAGUGGCCAUUAUUAGGUCUGUUCCUUAUGAAUCACAAAAUUCAAUUGCCUUUUAGAAAAGAUGGGAGUGAAACUGAUAGCUAUCUUAUACUGAGAUGCAAAAUUUCAAAGAUGGACUACAGUCUUGCCAAUUUUCAGUAUGUGUGGCAUAACUUUAGCAUGAAAUAACACUUUGAUGGUCUGUUGAUUUGACACCA